AUGCUUCAUCACUUUCUAGGAAUUGAAGUCAUUCCCACUCCUACGGGCCUGUUUCUUUCACAACAUCGUCAUAUUCAAGACAUUCUUACUCAAUUUGGCAUGGAAGGUGCCAAAGAUGUUACCACUCCUCUUAGCGCCACCGAACCUCUUUCCAUUACAGAUCAAUCUCCUACUGUUGAUGCUACACCAUAUCGUAAACUCAUAGGCUAUCUCCAAUACUUAUCCUUUACUCGCCCAGAUAUCUCGUUUGCCAUAAACAAACUCUCUCAAUUCAUGCAUAACCCUCGCCAAACUCAUUGGCAAGCUCUCAAACGUGUCCUUCGUUACCUUAAAGGCACUAUUCACCAUGGUCUUGUCCUCAAUCGUAAUUCAUCUCUAACACUAUCGGUCUUCUCAGAUUUUGAUUGGGGAGGUGUUCACAGCGCAGGUAGAUCAACAACAACAUAUUUACUCUACCUUGGUACCAAAAUAGUCUCAUGGAAAUCCACACGCCAAAACUCUGUCUCUCGCUCGUCUAUGGAGGCUGAGUACAAAGCAUUAGCCAACGCAUCUGCUGAACUUCUUUGGCUCAAAAACUUACUACAUGAACUUGGAAUUUCACCAACUACUACUCCUACACUGUUUUGUGACAACACCGGUGCUACUUAUCUAUGUGCAAAUCCUAUUUAUCAUUCGAGAAUGAAGCAUAUGGCUCUAGACUAUCACUUUGUUAGAGAAAAAAUUACAUCUAGUCAUCUCAAAGUACUUCAUGUUAACUCUCAAGAUCAGCUAGCCGACAUGUUAACCAAACCCCUCACUCGAGCACCAUUUCUGCGAAAUCGAUCCAAGAUCGGAGUCUCCGAUGGAUCCUCCAUCUUGCGGGGGCGUAUCACGGAUAUACAUUCCAAUAGCACUCACAAACAGCCCAAUGAGUCCAAUACACCAGCAGCUGUUGGAGCAUGA